AAUCAAGAUUUCAAGCGCGCUUUUUGUUUACGAAUACAAGACUACCCAAAUAAGGUAUAAGGGAAAGGAUCCCGUCGGUGACGUAUAGGUGACCGUCUUCCCAAACCCUUUAAAUAUGCAGAGCCUUGGGAGAGUUCCCCAAGUACUUCGUAUCCUUGUUUUCAUUAUCGAACUAAUUUGCACGCUAUGUCGAUUUAUUCCAAUUGUUCAAUGUCGUCCGACUCAGAGAAUUCAUUUGAACUCGAAAAGACUCAUUUAUUGGUACAACACCAUCCUCCUCGCUUCAUUGACGUUCAAGUAGCUAACUCAAUCCACAGAGGGUUCAGCCAAGUGGCACUCAUAAGAUUCACUAUAACGCUCUGAGCGACUAUGAUUUCAUGCUCAAGACAUCCAAGCCCAUCGAUAUCUCUCUGGCGCUACCACACUAUCGUGCGCGAAAUCAGCCGGUAGACCACCGUUUGGCCAUGUUCAUCAGUACAGAGACGUCACCGAUCAAGCUUAAAGUUUGUCGUUCUAUGCCUCGCUGCAAGUUUUUCCUUGAUAUCCGAACUACCUCUUCCAACGUGACUGUUUGGUUACCCUCGGAUUUUCGAGGUCACAUUCGUUGCUCGGGCACACCAUCUUUCUCAGCUGGUUUUGUCAACCGCAUGAUUGCAAACGUUCGCGUGAAUGAAGCAAUGUCAAUGGAUGAUAAUUGGGAUAGCGAUGAAGUAUGGGUCGAUACCCGCGGCCUGGUGACGUUCAGGAUGUGGGAUGUUCACACUAACGCUCCAGAAAGCCAGCCCAAAGAAACCUUGAAACGCAUUUUUGGUUCGACUUCUAAGAAGCUACCGGAGAGGAAUAUUAAUUGGGACUUUCUUCUUGAGGAUUGAGAACCGCGUUCUGCUUAUUGUUCUAUCGCUCUUUUUAGUUUCUGACUUCAUUCGAAUUUCUUACACGCUGACUGUUAAUGGAUCGGUCCUUAGGUUAUCACUCUUUAUAUCCGC